GAGCUCUUCCGACCCGCAUAUCGUUUAUCAUUUUGCGCUUGAUUGUUGCUAUCUUUUGCCGUUGGCAUCAACUUGUGGCCAAUAUAUGUCUUCCCAUGCUUUGGCUUUACUUGUUUACGUUCACUUGACUCCGAGGAUUCUUCAUGGAUAAUAACUUCCCAAAGCAAGAGAGACAGUCGCUAUCGUACUGGCUUCAAGGUGUUCGAAGUAAUCCGCUGCUUGAUCACCGAACAACGGAAGAACUGCCAGAGGAAGCGGACGUAGUGAUAAUUGGGUCUGGGGCAACGGGUGCAAUGACAGCCUUGGAGCUCUUGUCUAGCCCAAAUCCACCCAAAUCCAUCGUGAUGCUCGAGGCCAGAGAGCUGUGUUCGGGGGCUACCGGAAGGAAUGCUGGCCAUUGCAAACCAGAUCAGUGGAGGGGAUUUGCGAAAUACCAGUCCAGAUUUAGCACUGAACAGGCCUUAAAGAUUCUAGCCAAUGAACAAGAAGCGUUCGAACGCGUAGUCGCGUAUAUUCACAAAUACAAUGUCAAGUGCGAUCUGUGGGUAGGAAAGACGCUCGAUGUCAUAAUAGACGAAGAAAUUGCCACCAAAGCCGCUGGCAUUUUUGAACGCUAUCGAGCUGCAGGAGGAAAUGUAGACCAUGUUGAACAUAUCACUGAUCGCACCGAGGCUACCAAGCGUUCUCGUAUCAACCACGCUGUGUCUGUCUUUUCGUGGGAUGCAGCUUCCUUGUACCCGUGGAAACUUGUAGACUAUAUAAUUACGACAUGCUUGUCCAAGGGUCUCAACCUCCAAACCUGGACUCCAGUCAACUCUGUCAGCUUGUCUGAUGACUCAAGAAAUUGGGUCGUCGCAACAGAGCGAGGAUCGAUUGUUACUCCCACAGUCGUACAUGCAACGAAUGCAUACGCUUCAGCUCUACUUCCCGAGUUCGAGAACAUUAUCAAACCGACGCCCCAUAUGUGUAACAAGGUAAUUCCUCCACGGUCCUGGUCUGGUACCAAGGCUCUGCAAAACACAUACGGCGUGCUUUGUCCGGGCGACGCUUUGUACUCCAUCAACCCACGACCAACUUCGGAUGGUAUCAUUCUGUUUGGAGGCAGCAAUCCGGGUCAACAUGCGUUGCUGAAAUAUAUCGAAGAGCAUCCUGAUGAGCGAACGAAUGACGGUUUAACGAAUUUCGAGCCAAUUACAAAAGCUGUCGAUGACUUCAUUCAAAGUGAAUUUUCAGACUGGGGGCCUGCAUCUGCUCCAGGAGAGGGAUUAGACUAUGCAUGGAGCGGCAUCAUUGGCUAUAGCGCAGACGGUCUACCAUAUGUUGGGCCAAUACCUGGUAAACCUGGUCAAUGGAUAUGCGCCGGUCACAAUGGCCAUGGCAUGACCCGAAUCUUUACUGCUGCCCCGGGACUUGUCAAGCUAAUUCAAGGUGGUACUUGGGCAGAUACAGGUCUGCCAGAAUGUUUCGAGCUUACGCCAGAGAGAUUGAAUCGCGUGUCCAAGCUAAAUUCCAAAUUAAGCGACAGAAGGGACACGAGAAUGUGAGAAGAUGAUAAGUAGAGUGAAAUGAUAAUAUGUGGUGUAAUCUAAGAGUGUGAGGCAAGAAAUCAUUGAUUUCUUGGGUUUGGGGUGAGAGAAAACAACUUCGAGGUACGAGCUAGUUGAGCGGAGGAAGAACCGGCAACAAAAAGUUGUACUGGAGGGAAAGUAAGCUAGAAGCUCAGAC